AUGACGGAUCAAUUGCUAGCACCGCCGACACACCUCUCGCCAACCGAGUCCCUGCGACUGUCGCAGCUGGCGCCCAAAUGGCUGCGUAGCCAAGCACCCAGCAGCCUGCCCUACCCGCUGUCCCUCCUCACCACCUCCGAAUCGGCCGAACAAUGGCAAGCCAACGAGAACUUAAUGGUCGCCUGUUUGCGCACCGGCGACGACGAAACCGCUUCAAUCUGCCUGGAUAAACUGUCUCAGCGCUUUGGACCCGACAACGAGCGCGUACAAGCAUUACGUGGACUGUACGAGGAAGCUACGGCGACGGACGAAAAAGCCCUCUCGAAAGUGCUGAAGGCCUAUGAGGAUAUACUAGAAGAGAAGCCGGCGAAUGUGCCCGUCAUGAAGAGAAAGGUUGCGCUGUUGAGGAGUUUGGGCAGGCUGGCCGAUGCGACAAAGACGUUGACUGAGCUGCUAGACAGCUCGCCCAUUGACGCUGAGGCAUGGGCUGAGUUGGCUGAGCUGUACUUCUUGCAGAGUAUGCACUCACAGGCUGUCUUUUGCUUGGAGGAAGUCUUGCUCAUCAUGCCGAAUGCUUGGAACAUCCACGCUCGUCUUGGUGAGAUGCUCUUUGUAUCUUCCAAUGCCGCCGAAGAUGCUGGUGGCAAGCUCAAGCUACUCGCAGAUGCUCAACGCAGCUUCUGCCGCAGCAUUGAACUGUGCGACGACUACCUCCGUGGCUAUUACGGUCUCAAACUCGUAAGUCUCCUUUACACUCUGGAUUCUCUUCCGCAUUUGGCUAAUGCAGCAAUACGCAGNACAUCACAACGCCUCCUGGAAGCUCUGUCACAAUCAAGCGGCAAACCUCCGAAAGCGCAAUCUUCAGAUGCAACAGUUGGCGACUUACCGCCUCCUUCUGUGACCUCGGUUGAAAAGCUGCGCGAACUCUCGACCAAGAAGCUUUCAGAGAUCGUCAGACGUAGCAUGAGUGGUGAGCGAGGCUGGGAUGGCUAUGACCAAGCCGAACUCAUUGCUGCGAGAGAACUUCUGGACAGAGAUACCCAGUCUGUUCAACGAUAA